AUGUCAAAUAAGAAUAGGGAUAACCUACCAUGGGUUGAAAAAUAUCGUCCUGAUAAUCUACAGGAAGUUUAUGGUCAAAAUGAAAUAGUAACAACCAUUAAAAAAUUCAAUGAAACCGGAAAAUUACCUCAUUUAUUAUUUUAUGGACCUCCAGGAACAGGUAAAACCUCAACAAUUAUUGCAUUAGCCAAAGAAAUUUAUGGACCAAAUUACAAAAAUAUGGUAUUAGAAUUAAAUGCAUCAGAUGAUAGAGGUAUAGAUGUUGUACGUAAUCAAAUUAAAAAUUUUGCAUCAACAAGACAAAUAUUUACAAGUAAUAAUUCACCACAAUUUAAAUUAAUUAUAUUAGAUGAAGCUGAUGCAAUGACUUCAGUUGCUCAAAAUUCUUUAAGAAGAAUAAUUGAAAAAUUUACAAAAUAUUGUAGAUUUUGUAUAUUAGCAAAUUAUUCUCAUAAAUUAAAUCCUGCAUUAAUUUCAAGAUGUACAAGAUUUAGAUUUCAUCCAAUUGAUGAAGAAAGUAUACGUCAAAGAAUUGAAAAUGUUAUAAUAAAAGAAAAAAUUUCAAUUACUCCUGAUGCUUUACUGUCAUUAUUAAAAUUGUCUGGUGGUGAUAUGAGAAGAAGUUUAAAUGUUUUACAAGCAUGUCAUUCUGCUUGUGAAGAAGGAGAAACUAUUGAUGUAGAUAUGAUAUAUAAUUGUAUUGGAGCUCCACAUCCUCAAGAUAUUGAUUCUUGUUUAAAUUCAAUUUUAAAUGAUGAUUGGACAACAGCUUAUAUGACAUUAAAUAAAUAUAAAGUUACAAAAGGGUUAGCACUAAUAGAUUUAAUUCAAGGCUUUAUUGAAAUAUUAAAUGGUUUAGAAUUAAAAAGUCAGAAUAGAAUUGAUUAUUUAAAAGGGUUAAGUGAUGUAGAAUAUGGAAUUUCAAAAGGUGGUAAUGAUAAAAUUCAAAGUAGUGCUAUUAUUGCUGUUAUAAAACAAGCAAUGGAACAUGAAGGUAAAUAG